CGUUACUGCCUAGUAAGACACAGUAGGUCUUCAUUAUCACUGCGAAAUGACAAAGAUUAGAUCUGUUUGACUUGAAACAUAAUUUAUUUUCAGACGUAAUAUUAUUGAAGAAUACUACAUAAAAUCUGAUGACGGAAGUUUCAAGCUAGAAGAAAGGGUAGACGGAAUAAUAGGUUUUGCAGCAUCAGUUGGGGCUUUAUGUGAAAAUUAUGCAAUGUUCAAUUUCGAUCUUCGAUUUUCUUUCGUUCAAAUGUUUGCACCAGAAUUCACAAGAGUCAUGGUGCAUGAGAUUGGACACAUUGCAGGAGCUUUCCACGAUGGGUUAGGAUGCUGCGAUGACGAAAUAUAUGUAAUGAACUCAACAAGCUUUCCAAAGUUACCUGACUUUUCAUUAAGCUUUUAUAAGUUCUCAAGUUGCUCUGCAAAAGACUUUGGGAGUUACUUGUCCAGUUUCACAAUCAAUGCUCUUGCAAGCUGUGUCUACACAUCAAACCCUAAGGAAGAGGAAUUCCUAUUUAAUUUCUGCAAAGGUCUUCUAGGAAGUGAAUAUGGUUUAGAAACUCACUGUAAAAUAUUCACAGAUGGAAGCGGCUCCGUUUGUCCAAAUGGAGACUAUACAUUUGUAAGUGGAUAUCUACCAUGGGACGGUUGUGAACCGAAACUGUUAGAUGGUAUUUAUCACCCAAUAUUUCGCUGUACAGAUGAAAAUGGUUGUGGAAAUACAAACUAUGACAUAUAUCACAUCUUUGAAGGCACCAAAUGUCUAAAUGUAAAUGGCACCAAAGGAGACCAGGUCUGUUAUCGAGGAAAGUGUCGUUCUAAGAUAGAGUUGUGUGAGGAGUACGAAUAAGAAGACAAAGAAGAAGAAGAAGACGUAGAAGAAAGUAGUGAAGAACAGUCCGACAGCUCGUAAUCGUAAAAAAAGAUUAUUGACCACUAACAAAGGAUAGGAUAAACAAUUUCAAGAAUAUCAUCGCUUUUGAAAAUGUUCAUCAUGGUCUUAUACUUCAAGUUGCAACUUGUAACAAAGAAUACAAAUACAACGAUUCUUUGCAUUAGAUUGUCAUCUGAAUCUUAUAGUGUUUCAUAUCAGAAAUAUGUCAUUAAAAUGAUUUUUCAAAAUAAUAUUCACAGAAUCUUGUAUCAUAAAACAAAUUCUACCCACGUAUCUGGUUUACUUUUAUUGCCAUAACAAAAUAUGCUUUCUCGAUCUACGACACAGAAAACGAAUAUGUUUGCUUUGGAUAUGUAAAGAUGAGAAUGAA